UGGAUCCGUUUAUCACUAUUUACGUCCUGAGAAACUGUGUCCGGAAGUUUAUCACUAUUGUUCACCACGAAAACACGACUUAUUAAAAAAUUUAUAAAUAUGGAAGACAUUGACGCCAAUUUUGCUAAAGAAUUCGACACAUUAACAGAAGAAUCGGAAACUUCCGAGUAUUCAGAACAUGAUAUUGAAGAAAGUAACCACAUUGAGGAUGAAGUAGAUGAGUUACUUAAUUUUUCGAAAACUAAUUUCAAAUCUAAUGAUUUAAGUCCUAAAAUUAGUAGACUUGUCUCUCCAAACAACAAUGUUACGGAAACCAUCAAUUUUGUUAAAAUGAACACAAAUGCUGAAGACAAUACGGAAAUAAAAUUGGCAGUUAAGUCUCAGAUGAAAACGCCAACGAGAUCAGUAACUGGACAUCCCAACUAUGGAUUUGGUAAGCGUUGGUCGAAAUCGGAAGACAUAUUACUUAAGUCUUUGGUUGAAAAAUACCGAGAACGCUGGGAUAUAAUUGGAUCACAUUUUAAAGACAGACUUGAGCAACAAGUUCAGCAGCGUUGGGCUAAGGUAUUAAACCCGGAGCUCAUUAAGGGACCUUGGACGCGUGAAGAAGAUGAGAAAGUUAUUGAACUCGUGCGUCGAUUUGGACCAAAGAAAUGGACGUUAAUUGCUCGAUAUUUGAAUGGGCGAAUUGGAAAACAAUGCCGUGAACGUUGGCAUAACCAUCUCAAUCCAAAUAUUAAGAAAACUGCUUGGACGGAAGAAGAAGAUACAAUAAUUUAUAAUGCCCAUUUUAAGUUAGGAAAUCAAUGGGCUAAAAUUGCAAAACUGUUGCCAGGUCGAACUGAUAAUGCUAUAAAAAAUCAUUGGAAUUCUACAAUGCGUCGUAAAUAUGAUGCUGAACGUAGAUCGGUCAAUACAGUAGCUGGUAGUGAUCUAAAAAGCUCACGCACUCGUCUUAUUGAGUUAAUUAAAACAGGUGGUAUUAAUAAGUGCCCACAAGUUUUAUAUACCAAAUCCACGCCUUUUAAUAACAGUAUUGCGGAUUUAAAGAAAUCGGGAGUAAAAAAAGUUGUAGAUUCAUAUUACGAUGACACGUUUUUUAGCGUUGUGAAAACUAAGGAUGUAGUCAAAGAUAUGUACACUGAACCCAGUGACACGGCCGGUGCAUCAACUUUUGAUACACAAAAUAUAAAUGGAUUAACCAAAGGCAAUUUCAUGACAACACUUCCUCUUUUACAAUAUGAUGUUAAACUUAGGCCUACUCCUAAUAUACUGAAAAGAUCACGCAAACUAAUUCCUGAUGCAUCAAAAUGUUUGGAUACACUAAAAAGUGACAUGAAAUCAAAAUUACCACAAACACCAGUUAUAACCCCUAUUAAAUCGCUGCCUUUUUCACCAAGCCAGUUUCUUAAAUCGCCUUGUCUCACAUUUGAAGAUAUGAAUUUGCCAGCAAGUACACCAGUUACCAAAACUUAUAACCGUGUAGGAAUGGAAAUUAAAAAAGAGCUGGAAACUACAUCAAUUGAAACACCACAUAAAAGUUUAAUUGGCCCACGUACUCCAACUCCAUUUAAAAAUGCUCUUGCGGCUAUUGGGAAAAAGUUGGAUGGACGCUCAUAUGUGCCAUCUAGUCCUUUAAGUCUGGCUGAAGAUCUUGCAGAAAUUAUUAGUGAAGAACAACUGAAUGAAUUUGAGAUUAAUACCAUCAAAGCCGAAAAUAGAUGCGAUAACAUAUCCAACAUAGAAUGCUCAAACACUCUUGCUAAUAUAAGUCUAUGUUCGCCUGCGCCAAAGCGAGCCAGAAAAUCGUUGCUUCCCAGUUGGAACGUUAACAGCUCACAUUAUGGAAAAAAAACGCAACCGUUUGAAACAGAGACGCCUAGCAAAUUUCUCAUGUCGGGACAAUCUGUUAAAGAUUUCUCCCCAAGUAACAUUAUUGAAGGAAAUUUAGGCAGUGAACAGGACCCGUUAUUUGAUGAGGGUAAAAAAGAAAAUAGACCAUACGGGCAAAGGUUUCGUGCCGUUCUUAACGAGCAUAUUUUGGAUCCAAAGUGGGCAAGAGUUGCAUGCGGCAAAACCAAAGAUCAAAUUUUUAUGGAGAAACAAGCGUAUGCAUGUCUUCAGAAUCUAAAGAUGUCUUCAGACUUAGUACCGCGGUCGUUAAAUUUUGAGAAACAAAAAUAAAAUAAAUUGUUAAAAAUUGUGAGGAAAUAAAAUAAAUUGCCCAAUUAA